UAGGCUGAUUUACCAAAAUUAUGUUUUAUUGUAGGGCAGCUUUAUGUAAUUUCUGCAAAUUGGCCAAAAAAAUUGGAACGGUUCAGCCCCAGUAUGGAAUUCCACUAAAGAACCACCUAUGUGGGCUACAGUGGAGCGUCAUGCUGAAGAUACAGUGGCCUUCCCCUCUGCGCAAUGAAUAUCUGAACUUGGAUUACAACAGUAUUUUCAGUUCCAAAAAUACUGUAUUUUAGGCUGGAGGAGGGCUUUUGAUUUCAGCCUUCUCUGUGCAGAGAUUCAGAUUUUUCUUACAAAAUUACAGAGGUUGAAGGCUCUUGUUUUGGCCUUGGUGCAGGGAUGAGGGAGCGUUAGCUACCGCAUGCUUUGGUAAACUGGUGAGCCAAGUAUAAGUGUCAUAACAAACAGUGAAGUUACUUAGCCGGAACGAUAUCCAUAUACACUGGCAUUUAAGCAGGCACAUAGAUUUCUUUUAAUUACUGUGAUCUUGUGCUGUCCCAGUGAUCCUUGAAUAAGAAACCUCUUUAUUGCUGUUAGUCUGAAGGCAGCCUUUAGUGUGACAGCGAAAUACAUCAUUAUGUCUGUGGAGUUAAAGACAGUAUUUGAAUCGCAGUUAUUUUAAAAUCGUGGUGGUUGUACAAUCCUGGUUCAGCCACGGGUUUGAGCUUUAAAGUGCUGAAGAGCUGCUCUGGAUGGAGCACAUGUGGGCUGAGGCUUGCUUUCUGUUGAAGAACAUGAAGAAAGCAGGAUGUUCCUCUGCAUGAGGCAGCAGCUGCCAGGUUUAGGACCCCUGGUGAAAAGUAAUUUCAGUCCUUGUGUAGGACCACUCACCUGUUGGACAGAUUUCACCUCAUUAAUUUGUGGUGGUAGUAAGACCAAACUGUUAAAAGCAGUUUUCAGUGAUCCCACUAAAGGCACUUUGUAUAAAAACACGACUUAGAAUGUGUGUCUUGGGGAUAAAUUAUAGAAGAAUAUCUAGUAAUUUUCAUGAUAAAGACUAUUGUUGCUAGCAUGGUGCCUGCGUAAGGUUUUGACUGUUUCUGUAAGAAGAAUAUAAGGUAUGUGUCCCGGAUUCUGUGGAAAAGUGGUAUGUGUUAGCUGAAAAUACUGCUGGAAAUCUAUUGCAAGUUAGGACAGGAAUUAAAAUGAAUAUUUCAGUAGGUGGAUUCUCAUGCUAUGGAACCUGCAUUUAAACAUAAUAUUUUAUAUACAAUGUUCCUACACUUAAUCAAACGGGGUGGGAUUGACAUCCUGUAGGAAGCUGACGAGUCCAAUCUGUGUGAUUUCAGUGGGCAGUGAAUUUGCGGUGGGCAGGUACGUUCUGAGGCUCCUGAGCAUUGCCAUGGAGGUAGGUGUAACAGGAGAUGGUACGGAACCAGUUAGGGCCGAGAGACGUUUCUAGAGUGCAAAUGCAGGCAUAGAGAACCUAAAGGGCUCCAGCAGUAGCUGACACGGACAAACACGUUUUUAUUUUCCAUUUAGGAAAAUGAGGGCAAGGCAGUGACUCUCCUGCCACUCAUCAAGACAGCAAAGCACAGUUUGAUUUAGUGCAGCUAUUACCGAAACUCAUUGGCCACUGUGUAUUAUGAGGUAUUCUUAAUGUGGAUUCAAAUAGUGGAGCUGCAUGGUCUUUAGUUUCAAAAUUGUUUUCAAGAUCCUGAGUACUUGCAGGUUCUUAACAGUUAAACAGCUUGUAGGUGGAUUAUGUGGAAGUGAAUCCCAGAGUCUUAAACUUACAUUCAUUGAACUGCUUUCUCUUCUUUUUCCAUGGAUUACUUCUGGGGCUGGCUGCUGCUCUUGAAGUCUUUUUCAGGUAAUAGCUACACUGUGAAAUCAUCAGCUUGGGAGUUUUAGGGCUGUUCCUUCAGUCAGGAAAAGAGCAGCGAGGAUGAGUAGGGACUUGCACACUUGGCACUGCUGCAGGAGCCCCUGGGAAUCUGGAACUGCUGGCCUGUGGCCUCAGCAGGUGGUCACUAGCUGCCAAGAGAAGAUCCAGCACUGGAAGAAGGUGGAGAGUGAUUAUGAUGCUCUUCAGGAACGACUCCGUACGUUGCCCGACAAGCUGUCCUACGAUAUCAUGGUACCUUUUGGUCCUCUUGCCUUUAUGCCUGGAAAGCUUGUCCACACCAAUGAGGUUACUGUUCUGCUCGGGGACAACUGGUUCUCAAAAUGCUCAGCCAAGCAGGCUGUUGAGCUGGUGGAGCACAGAAAAAAACAUGUAAGGAAAGCACUGGAUGAUUUGCAGAAAGUCAUGAAGAAUUUUGAGUCUCGAGCUGAAUUCACUGAAGAUCUGCAGAAGAUGAGUGAUGCUGCAGGUGAAUUUGUUGACAUAAGAGAAGAAAUUGAAGAUGAUAGCAUUGAAACAAAAGGAAAAUACAGAACUGCUCACAAACCUCAUUCAAAGCCAAAAGUAUCAAACUUUUUUGAGGUAGAUUUUGCAGCAAAUGGAAGUGAUACAAAAUCAACGGGCCGUUUCCAGUCAGAGGAGGAGCUGUGGGCCCGCUUGGAAGAGCUCGAGAGACAAGAAGAGCUCCUGGGUGAACUGGACAGAAUGCCUGAUACGGCUGAGACAACUGGAGAAGACACGACCUCCUCUGAAGAGGAGAAGGAAGAUAAGAGAAGAGAUCUGAACGGGACGUAUACAGCAGAAGACUGUAUUACUCAGGGCAACUUCCAUAAAGAAGUAACAAAUUCAGACUUGUUUGGUGGCCAAGUCAAUGGCUCUACUUAUUAUCACAGUGAUGACGAAGAUGACGUAGAUGUUGGAGAUAAUUCUGUUCCAACUAUUUUUUUCUCUCACACUGUUGAACCUAAAAGGGUAAGAAUAAACACAGGAAAAAAUACUACUUUGAAAUUCAGUGAAAAGAAAGAAGAGGCCAAGCGUAAAAGGAAGAACAGCAAUGGCAACGGUCAUGCGACUCCAGAACUGCCUAACAUCAAAACCCCAGCAGACAUUUACCGAGUCUUUGUUGAUGUUGUGAAUGGAGAAUAUGUCCCUCGUAAAUCAAUUCUGAAGUCUCGAAGCAGAGAGAACAGUGUUUGUAGUGAUACCAGCGAGAACAGUGCUGCUGAGUUUGAUGACAGACGAGGAGUUCAGAGGAGUAUUAGCUGUGAUGAAGCUACUCAGAGUGACAACAGCGAAGGCCUGCUGGAGGAGGAGGAGGAGGAGGAGGAGGGGCGACAGCAGCUACCAAAAAAGCUUCCUCCCUCUUCAGGGACAACUGAGGCAUUUUCCGGAACCGUAGUAGAAAAGGAGCCUUUGUCUCCGUCCUUCACGCCACACCCAGUCAUGGCUCACCCUGUCCUGCCCACCAUUCUGGAGCGAAAAUCCGAGGAGGUUUUGUCCGAGGCACCAGAAGAACCUACAAAGAGGAUCUCCAAAUUCAAAGCUGCCAGAAUGCAGCAGACUACCUAGGUCCUGCUCGCUGGCAGAGUUCUCUGGCCUGAUUUGCAUCUGUUGGGAUGAGGUAAAGCUGGAUGUGUUACACCUCACCAAAAGGGUAUCCUGUCUUAAUUUGGCAUCAAUUAUCUAAACUUUUAUAGGCAACAUUAAAAGAAGUUCAGUGUUGGAACUCCUGAGUGUUCCUCAUCUCACCUUGUCCCUUUCCCUGUCUGCUGUCAGCACCUUUGUAUAUGUUUGCCUUAUGACAGCAGCACUUGGGUUCUUUCUCCCAAACUGUUCCUUACAUACAUUGUUUUUGUGUUUAAACCUAAAUACAGGCAGUUUGGUGCCAGCUGUGAUGUUCUCCGUACCAUAUGGACCAUUUUAAGGAAACUUUUCACAUUUCAAAUAGAUUCACCAAUUAUAUCACAUUACUUGCUUUAGCAUUUUAAGACUCACUUGUAUUCACAUUGUUGUAGGUUUUGCAACUAGGUGUCUGCCACAAGGUUUUUUCCUUCUUUCAAGCCUCUCUGGUUUCUCGCUGUACAGAUCUAUAAAACGCUGGGUUCAUGUACAUUGCAGGGAAGUUUCUUUGAUGGAAAAGGGUAUUUUGUAAAAUUAAAUUUUCAGUAAAAAGGCUGUGGAAGUUGUGUG